CUACUGAGUAUGUGACAGUAGAUCGAGGAGCUGCGCAAUCGAUUAAUGCGUCGGAUGAAGCAGGAGACCAGGCAAAAAAAUAGAUAGUAAGAGUAGCUACUGAUGAGACUGAGUAGUCUUAGUUAAUUUUGCAAGAGAGGAGACUAUAUCAAUAAUUUUCAGCUAAAGUGAGAGAAUAUCUAAAAAAGUGUUGGUGUAACAGCUCGUGCAAGAUCGUGCAGUGCAAAAACAUUUUCAUCAUUAGAGUGUGUGCAUGUGUGUAUACAUACACACUGUAUAUAUAUAUUUAUAAACAGCGAUCAAGUGAGAGCAAUAUGUGAAAAAUAUGUUUUAUUCGUGGCAAAAACGUUUCACAUAAUGAAGGAAUACUGAAAAUAAAAAUAUUGUAUCCAAACAUACUUUAGAUGUAUCUGUAUGCAUACAUGUAUACAUAUAUACAUAUACAUAUAUAUCCCUGACAGCGCCUUGGACAGCGCUUGACUGAGUGUAGCCGCCUUUUGUGCGAGCACCAAGGUCAAGGAGAGCGGCGCGCGCAGUCCAAGGCCGAAUUCGGCUUCCACAAAACUAUAACGCGACAGCAGACAAAGAUCUUUCGACAAACUAAGAAAUUUCUUAGUUGCACAAACGGCAUUUAGCUUGAAAUGCUCUCAACGGGCGUUGACCUAAUCAAGUCCAACUCCCAACUUGUUGCAGGAAUAACAGAUAGCACGAAUGUUGGUCUCCAGCGCAUGGUUGAAUCCACAACCAUGUUGCAAGACUCUAUUCAACCAAGACUACCUGUAGCUGGCAUUAAACGACGUUGGGGAGGCCGAAUUGUUGGCUCUACUUUACAACCUGACUCUUCAAACGCUGAAGUUACUAGUAGUGUGCUCUCACCAACACAUUAUCAACCUACUACUCCUGAAACUACGCAUAAUCCAGAAGCAGAAACAGCUAAUUUAUGGGACUUAGACUUACACAUACGAACUCCAAAUAACACAUACCAACAACAGCAGUUGCAAACGCUUCAUAAUGAGGUCACUUCUCCAUCCUGCGGUAGCAUCAUUGAAGGAAGAGAUGACUUAUCACCGCCAAGUUCAUUAAACGGCUACAAUAUGGAUAGCUGCGAUGCAAAAAGACGAAAAGGCCCUACGCCGCGCCAACAGGAGGAAUUAUGCCUUGUCUGCGGUGACCGUGCGUCGGGUUAUCAUUACAAUGCACUGACUUGCGAAGGCUGCAAAGGCUUCUUUCGACGUAGCAUUACUAAAAAUGCAGUGUAUCAGUGCAAAUAUGGAAAUAGUUGUGAGAUCGACAUGUACAUGCGACGGAAGUGUCAGGAGUGCCGGCUGAAAAAAUGCUUACACGUCGGUAUGCGCCCGGAGUGCGUCGUACCCGAGUUCCAGUGUGCCGUCAAACGCAAGGAGAAAAAGGCACAAAAGGUAGGCGACAAGGAUAAGCCCGUCAGCACAUCGAUGAAUGGUUCCCCAAAUGGGAACGAAGGUUCUAGCGGUGGUGGUGGAGGUGGUGCUGGCGGCGGCGGCGGUGGCGCGUUGAUUGGCCCCGAUGGUCAAAUCGGCCACGUUAAGACAGAACCUGCUGAGCCGGAAGCGUUCUCCCACUCCGAUCCUGGCACAAUCAGUAUUCCGUACAAUGGUCGUAAACACGUUAGUCCUGAACAAGAAGAACUGAUCAACAGAUUAGUUUUCUUUCAAGACGAAUUCGAAGCGCCUAAUGAAGAAGAUGUUAAACGCAUAACACAAUCCUCUGAAAAUGAAGAUCCAAGUGAUGUUCGAUUCAGACACAUUACCGAAAUUACGAUCUUGACGGUUCAACUUAUCGUAGAAUUUGCCAAACGACUUCCAGGCUUUGACAAGCUGCGUCACGAAGAUAAAAUAGUGUUGUUGAAAGCUUGCUCCAGUGAAGUUAUGAUUCUGCGAAUGGCAAGAAAGUACGACAAUCAAACCGACAGCAUCAUUUUUGCUAACAAUCAGGCGUACUCGCGCGACAGUUACACUCUUGCUGGAAUAGGAAACAUUAUUGACGAUCUACUGCAUUUCGGGAGACUUAUGUAUUCCAUGCAAGUCAACAACGCGGAAUAUGCUCUUCUCACUGCUAUUGUUAUAUUUUCCGAUCGACCCAAUGUCUCGGAAGGUUGGAAAGUAGAAAAGAUUCAAGAAAUUUAUCUAAAUGCAUUAAAAGCCUAUGUAGAAAGUUGGCGUAAACCUAAAGCUAGCGCAAUGUUCGCUAAACUAUUGUCAGUUCUUACAGAGUUACGCACCCUAGGCAACCAAAACAGUGAAACUUGUUCAAACCUUAAGCUUAAGAAUAAAAAGCUGCCACCCUUUCUUGCUGAAAUUUGGGAUGUUGCUUCCUAGUUGCUUUGGGCACUCUACUUUCUUUCACCUUAUCUCCUUGAUCUCUUCAUUCUUAUUAGUCUAUAUCCUUCCAAACUUUAGCAAGGACAAACUUUUGUAAAAGUGCACCAUUUAGUCACUGCCUUCUUUUUCUGGCGUCAUAUUGUAAAUUUGCUUUCAUCUUUAGUAUUUAGCUCCUUUAUUAACACAUUAUAGUUAAACUGUGAAUCGACUUAUUGCUAAGCAUGUAUAAAAUUGUUAUGUAGAAAAAAAGUUUGAGGCAGUGGAAACACUCAGGCUGUGAUAUGUAGAGACAGUACUGCAGAGACUAUUAAAAAAACAAACGUAUAGUCGAGUGUAUAAUUGUCAUUUAUAAGUUCAUAUUGUAUCUCACUGUAUCUUAAGCUUAGCACUAAACAAAUUUAGGACAAAAAAGAGUUUAUUAAAAGUCCUUUUUAUGUAAACAUGGAAAAAAAAUUAUAUUGAAUUUAUUUUUAGUCUGUAAACAAAUGUUUCAUUGUAAAAUUUUAUUUGAAAUCUAAUACAUUGGGUUUUUUUAAUUGUAGAAUUAGUUUCUAAGUACUAAGCUUGAGAUAAAAAAUAAGGUGAGCCACGAGCGCGCACACACAAACACACAGAGACACAGACACACACACAUAUUAUAUAUAUAUGUAUGUAAAAUUAUAAUUACAUAAAGAUGUAACAGAUAUAGUGAGGAUGUGUGUAAACUCAGCAUGACUUAUCUUUUUAUCAUUUGAAAAAAUCGUUUGAUGAUCAUGUCGUAUGCACUGCUAAAGUGUACUAAAUAGUCUUAAAAUAUUUACAUGCAUAAUGCAAUAGAUACAGUUUCUUGUAAGAAUAUUUAUUUCAUGAACAAGACAUGUGUGUUGAAUUUACCUACAAGUUAUACAAGUUGGAAAUGUGUAAAAGACUACAAACUAUAAGCACUGCUAAGCAGUUGCUUUAUCUUUCAAUCUAUGAAUAACAAUUUAUAUACUCAGGUGCACACAGACCAUGCUUUCACUAAAACAUACGAAUGUUAUAUUAAGAUGAAAAUCUGUCAAAUUGAAUUAUUCUAAGUAAUCCGGGUUCAAGUGCAAAAUUCUGUGCCUUUAGGAGCAGAAAUCGGCUUACUGACUCAACAGAAAAUAUACGUGAAUAUGUGAAUGUAUGUAUAUUAUGUAUAAAAAUUUAGCUGAAAAACUUGAAUUAAACCGUCCGCUUUAUUUUCUCAAUAAAAUAUAUCAACAAAACAAAAUUAUAUCAAUAUAUGCCAAAUUCAUUGCGAAUUUAACAAAUUGGAUGUUAAAAUUAUGUAUAAAUAGGCUAAUGUGUUCUUUGCUGUUGAAACAAUACAAAUAGAAGAGUAAAAGAUAAAUAAUAAUUGUAGUAUUGUGUAAACAAUUAUCAUUGAAUUCAUAAAUAAGGCAGUUAAAAUGACAAAAAUUCUUAAUUUCAAAUUUGUCUUUUGAUAAAGAAUUUCAAGAGCGCAACUCCAUCAGUGAAUUAAUUUACUAUGUUCGUAUUUAGGUGAGCUUCCGAUGGAUAUUUAACAAUAUUAAAUAAAAAUGCCUGGUUUAGGUUAUUCUAAUGCAAUAUAUUAGUGUAAUUUAUAAUUCAUCGAUUGAUGCAAAAUAUUCAGUAUUCUAUCUACUCAAGAUGACUACAGUUAACUGUUAAAAGGAUCUUACAUUAUUCAUAAUAAAGUAAUGUUUCCUGAAUCUACAGUACUAAUUAAAAUGUUGACAAACAAUUUUAAGACUGUUGUAAAAUGAAAUGAUUGAAUGAUAAUUUCAUUUAAUUUUUCAAGACAUGUAAACUUAGAGCUCACUCCUAAUAAUAAAUUAUUAAUGCAAUAGCUAUAUUAUCAACA